AGCUGUGUAAGUGAGCAGAGACACUAUAGUGGAGACGAUCACUGAGACUGAUUCCUAAUCCUAAAUACACGUUUACAUCAGAGGUGCUUAUAGACUCGUGUUUGUGGUAAGUGAUGAAGAACAAUAAAUAUGAGCUCUGUCUAGUUGUGUUGAUUUGAUGUUCAGUGUUUAAAACAUGUUACUUCAGUGUUGUUAAUAAUGACAAAAAAUGUUUUGUAUUGAUUUUUUGCUUGUUUGUUUCUUAGUCAUUCCUGCAGUAAUCCAAAUGUAGGUUGGGAAUUCUUGGCUAAUUCGAGGCUGGAAUAUAUUUAGAGCUUUUCUCAACAUGGUUUGAACACAGAGCUCCCAUGAAGCCAUGAUAGACUUUAGAGAGUUUCAUUUUCUGACUUUAUUUCUGGUAUUGUUUAAUAUAAUGUUUAGACUUUCACAAGUAUCUAGUUAACCUAGACACAUGCUUUUUUUGUAACAUCUAAAUUAACUACUCUUACUUUAAGUCAAAAAUAUAUAUACUAUAUAUAUAUAUAAUACUGCAUUACUUAUCAACAAAGGCGAAAUGCAGUAAGUUCAAUUAUAAUUAAUUAUCAGGUUUCACUAUAUUCUGUCCUGUUAUAGUCAGGUUUGUCUAAAAUAAGAUUCAGAGAAAACAGAGUUUGAUAUAAAAUUGAUACAAAGUCAAUCCAUGACUUUAUAAAUGUCUUUAAUUCAUAUUAAUGCAUAUUCUUUUUCUGUUGUGUAAGGUCUAACGUUAUUGAAACACCACAACCAUGGGUGUAAGUGAUAUUAUGAGGCUGGAUGUGACCUCAGGUUGGGUUUUGCUCUCAGUGGCGGUGGUCGCAGCUGGUGUCUUCUAUCUCUACAGUCUGAUGCUCAGGCAUUUAGCCAAGACAACUGUGAGGAACAAAGUGGUGCUGAUUACGGAUUCACUGUCAACACUCGGAAAUGAGUGUGCAAAACUCUUCCAUACUGGUGGAGCCAGACUGAUCCUUUGUGGAAAUAAUUGGGAAAAGUUGGAGACUCUUGCUGAGCGUCUGAUGAGUGAGUCAGAUCCAACUCUUACGUUUCCACCAAAACUGGUGGAGCUGGACUUCAGUAAUAUGGAGAGCGUUCCUGAGAUCAUCUCUGAGAUCCUGGAGUGUUACGGCUGUCUGGAUGUCCUCAUCUUCAACAGCAGCAUGAAGGUGAAGGCUCCUGUACAGAGUCUGUCCCUCCAGAUGGACAGGAUUGUCAUGGACGUCAACUACUUUGGGCCCGUCACACUGGUUAAGGGUGUUCUUCCGUCGCUGAUCUCCAGAAGAACAGGUCACAUUCUUCUAGUCAACAGCAUUCAGGGGAAACUGACGGUGCCCUUCCGCGCCACCUAUGCUGCCUCCAAGCAUGCCGUUCAAGCUUUCUUUGAGUGUCUGCGGGCUGAGGUUCAGGAAUAUGGGAUAACAGUCAGCACCGUCAACCAUACCUUCAUAAAAACUCCCAGCACAAACUCAAAGGACGAGGCCACAGCAAAAUCCAUGUGGACACACUUCAAACCGAAGUCCCUUGGUGUGAACCCUGAAGAGAUGGCCACUGAGCUCCUGAAGACUCUGAGUAGCAAGAAGAAGGAGGUUUUAAUGGCUCGCUCCAUCCCUAAAGCAGCUCUCUAUGUCAGAUCUCUCUUCCCCAACUUGUUUUUCGCCAUCAUGGCAGCAGGAGUCAGAAACACUGCAGCUGUGAAGAUGUCUGACGACUGAAGGACAACAUUAUAAACGUAUAAAAUGAUGUGAUGUAGUACUCAAAUUAGAAGAGAAUAAAUUAUUCAUAAAUUGC